AUGUCCGUAUUCACAUACACCCCGGUUGAAGAUAUACCAAAGAUCCAUGAGCGUGCGCGACAGGCGUAUCGCACAGGAAAGACGAAGUCCGUUGCCUUCAGGAAGGAGCAGAUCGCACAACUAGGCUAUCUUUUGAAGGAUAACGAGCAAAAUUUCAUCGAUGCUCUCAAACAGGACCUCGGCCGCCCUAGCCUCGAAACGAUGUUCUUCGACUUCGCGGCGGUCUACGUUGAAGUGCGCACAGCGUACGACAAUGUAGAGAAGUGGACGAAACCGCAGAAAGCGGAGUUCAGUUUCAAUUUCUUUGCCAUGAGUCCGAAGCUGCGCGCGGAGCCGAAGGGUACAAUCCUAAUCAUCGGACCCUUCAACGUCCCCGUCUUCACGAUACUCUCUCCCCUGGUCGGUGCUAUGGCCGGAGGCAACGCUGCCGUCUUGAAACCGUCCGAGCAGACACCGGCCUACAGUGCACUGCUCGCAGAGUUGUUUCCACAGUAUCUCGACAACGACCUGUACCAUGUCAUCAAUGGCGGUAUCCCCGAGACGACUCAGAUUCUGGAGCUUCAAUGGAAUCAUAGUACUGAAGGGAAUGGACGUGUAGGGUGCAUCAUUGCUCAAGCGGCUGCGAAGCACCUGACGCCGUUAACAUUGGAAGUGACUCGACGUGACAAAUUCUGCGCAGGGAAGAACCCUGUCGUAGUAGAUCCUAAGUGCGACCUCAAGGUGGCAGCUCGCCGUAUCCUGUGGGGUAGGUUCUCGAACGCAGGGCAGAUUUGUUUAGCUCCGGAGUAUGUCCUCGUGCCCGAGAGAUUCCAGGACGAACUCGUCGAAGCGAUGAAGGAGGUAUACGAAUCCUUCUACCCCGAUGGACCUGAGAAGUCCGAUUCCUAUAGUCGCAUCGUGUCUGAAGCCCAUACCGCACGCAUCAAGAGGCUGAUCGACGAAAGCGCCGGUGCUAUAGUCUUCGGGGGUGCGGCUGAUGUAUCACAGAAGUACAUAGCGCCGACGCUUGUGAAGGACGUCAAGAGCAACGACGCACUCAUGCAGGAGGAGAUUUUUGGCCCUGUGCUCCCAGUCAUCCCAGUCAAGAGUAUCGACGACGCAAUUGCGUUUAUCAACGAAAGGGACCAUCCUCUGGCGGUCUAUGUCUUUUCCGCAGACAAGGCAUUCCAGAACAAGGUUUUCGAUAACACGGAGAGUGGUGCCGCCGUGGUUAACGAAACUCUCAUUAGCUGCGGCGUUCCGGGCUUGCCCAUGGGUGGCGUCGGUGCCAGCGGAUACGGCUAUUACACCGGGAAGCACAUGUUUGACGAGUUCACUCAUCUUCGGGUGUCCAUCGAUAACCCUGGAUGGGUCGACAAAGUCGCCUUCGGUUUCAGAUACCCUCCGUACAAGCCGAACAGCUUGAAGCAGAUGCAGGCUCUCUCGCCCACGCUUCCAUCGAAGCCGGGAAAGUGCCCAAGCCACUUGGCAAGCGGGAAGAGGUGGGGUUUCUGGCUUGGCUUUGUGCUCAUUGGAGUAGCGUCGCUCGUGCUGACCGGGCCGGCCUUGAGUUUACUCAGUCAGUCGAAGGCAUAA